AUGUUUUCCCGACUAUGGGCGUGCAUAAAGAGGCACAGACGAAAGUUGUUCGUGUUUGGAACUUUUAUCGGAGGAAGUUGGAUAUUGUAUAGAUUAAUCUGGAGAAAAAUAAGACAAAUCAGAGAGGAAGAAGACAGACAGUACCUGAAUUUUGUCAAGCGACAGCAUCACUUUGAAAGUAACCAGAGAACAUGUAACAUGACAGUGUUGGCCAUGAUACCAAAUCUUCGAGAGACAUUAGUGAAGACUUUGGACACUGAGAGUAUCAAAGAGCUGCUCAAAACGAAUCCACCAAAUAAACUGGAUCUUUGGGAGGAGUUAAAAAUUAUGAGUGUGACGCGGAGUCUAGCUGCAGUGUAUGGAACAUGCAUGCUGUCUGUCAUGUUGAGGGUCCAGCUGAAUAUCGUAGGAGGAUAUUUCUACUUGGACAGCAUUCAUCCUGCUAAUGGUCUUAAUGUAGAGGGCAGCUAUAAAAGUACGAUCCCACAGAAAGUCCAGGAACGUUAUCUGUCCCUCGUGAAACAAUUCAUUGAUCAAGGUUUAGUAGAUUUUAUCCACUUCCUAAGGUUAGCUGUGACAAAGGAGAUUGGUUGUUUAUCACUCAAGGAACUUAUUUCACUGGACAAUUUAACCUCAAUUCUUGAUCACAUUCGGGAGAGGGUGGAGUGUGGAGUUGACAAGCCAACACAGUCUUUGUACCCGUAUCUUCUGACAAGUGAGCAAGUUCCUGACAUUUCUUCUGUACCGAGUCCAGAGGAUGCAUUACUAGAAAGACUUGUCGGUGAAACAAGAGACAUUUUAGAAAGUGCAGACUUCCAUACCGUGCUGAAGGAGAGUGUAGACAGGGGAUACCAUUGUGUGCUGGACACUGUCGCUGAGCACUACAAAGAGCAGCUAUCACCUGAGGACAGUAAUUCAAGGAUUCACGAUGUGUCGAUCGCUGUGGCAAAGCUGAUACCCGUUAUCAACUCAAUCAUGCUGAAAAUUUGUGCCGAUGCACCUAACCAGUUUGUUCAGGAACUUCUGUUGAUGGAGGAGCUGAAGCAGCUUGCAGCCAAUGUUUACGAAGCAUUCAGUCAAGAGCAGUACAACAAGCCACGAGUUUAG